CAAGGUGGAAGUUACGAAAGAAGGAAAAUUCCUCACCACCAUGGGCCCGGGAAAGGUGUUUGGAGAACUGGCUAUUCUUUACAACUGUACCAGGACAGCUACCGUCAAAGCUGUAACCAACACAAAGCUAUGGGCUAUAGAUAGACCGUGCUUCCAGGCCAUCAUGAUGAAGACGAGUUUAGUUAGACAAGCAGACUACGUCGAGUUGAUACGAAGGGUACCAACCUUCCACCUUCUACCUGAUGAAACGCUCAACAAAAUAGUAGAUGUUGUAGAUGAGACUUACUUUGAUGAAGGUGAUUACAUCGUUAGGCAAGGUGCAACAGGGGAUACUAUGUACAUCAUCAGUAAAGGAAAGUGUCAAGUUAUGCAGAAGACAAUGUCUGGUCAAAUUAAGAACACGAAGCUGCUAGAAAAGGGGGACUUCUUCGGGCAGUCAGCAUUAGAAGGUGAUGAAAUUAUCAGAGAAGCAACAGUAAUAGCAGCAGACUCCACUGGUGUCGUUUGCCUUGCAUUAGACAGGGAAGCCUUCCUUCAAGUAGCAGGUGGUCUAGACUCAGUCAUCAAGAACAAAUUAGAAGAUAACGCCAAGAGUAGAAUCGAGUCUGAAUUUGCUAAUCUUCAACUUAGUGAUGUUCAUAUAGUAGCAACUUUAGGAGUUGGUGGCUUUGGCCGUGUAGAACUGGUGAGGAUAGAUGGCUGUAAUCAGACAUAUGCCUGGAAGCAACUAAAGAAGAGACAUAUUGUAGAAACAAGACAACAAGAACACAUCAUGUCAGAAAAGAGAAUUAUGCUAGAAGCAAGAUGUGAUUUCAUUGUCAGACUCUAUUGUACUUUCAAAGAUAAUAAAUAUCUGUAUAUGCUGCUAGAAGCUUGUCUUGGUGGGGAGCUUUGGACCAUACUCAGGGAUAAAGGGUCCUUUGAUGAUGGUACGACACGCUUCUACACAGCGUGUGUGACAGAGGCUCUUUCGUAUCUCCACGCCAAGGGCAUCGUCUACAGAGAUCUCAAACCGGAGAAUAUUCUACUAGACACCAAAGGAUAUGGAAAACUAGUCGACUUUGGGUUUGCUAAGAGGAUAGGACACGGAAGGAAAACCUGGACAUUCUGUGGCACACCAGAGUAUGUCGCUCCAGAAAUCAUCCUUAACAGGGGUCAUGACUUUUCAGCUGACUACUGGUCGCUGGGAAUCCUCAUGUUUGAGCUUCUCACCGGCAGCCCUCCCUUCACCGGAUCGGACCCCAUGAAGACAUACAACAUCAUCCUAAAGGGAAUAGACAUGAUUGAGUUCCCAAGGAAGAUAACACGUAAUGCUGCAAACAUGAUUAAGAGACUAUGCAAAGACAAUCCUACAGAGAGACUAGGGUACCAGAAGAGUGGCCUCAAGGACAUCCAGAAACACAAAUGGUUUGAUGGCUUCAACUGGGAAGGUCUAAGGAAAAGAAGUCUAACGCCCCCUAUUGUUCCUAAGGUGCGGUCAAUAUCAGACACUUCAAACUUUGACGAUUAUCCUCCGGACAACGAACCACCACCCGAGGACGAUACGUCGGGUUGGGACAAAGACUUCUGAGGACGAGGUUCCAUCCUGGACCGUUUCCAAGUGAGCAACCUGCUACAGAUGAAGAUCUGAGAGGAUUGGAAUGGAUUUCAGCUGAGAGAGCAAGAGAGAGCGGGAAGGAGCAAGAGAGACAUAGAGAAAGAGGAAGAGAGAGAGAGGGCUGGGUCCGUGAAGAAUGAACAAUUGCUGGUUUGCCGCAGCACCAACUUUUUUCAUGGGGGAAAAGAAAUUGAGGAACGGAGAAAGGGCAGAAUGGGUAGUAGCGCUAUAUCUAAGCUUUUGAGUGAAGCAGUCUAUCUUAUUCAAGAAGUGAAAUCCUCGGAGGAGAGACACAUUUGAAUCAAUUCAAAGAAAAAGAGGCUCAUGUUUUGAGCUAGAAAUGUAAAAAAAAAAGUAUAGGAGAAGUUGCUAACAGAGAGUUGAUGUGCUGUGAACAAGGUGUGGUUUGAUUGGGUACGUAUAGAAGACUAAUUCAUGCAUCCCAGGAUGUCUGUGCGCUGUGGAACACAAGAUGUACGAUCUUGGUGUAAUCGUUCUUAAUACCCAAAGAUCCAAUAUUACUUUACACCUUGUCUCCUAAUGGUUUGUAUGAGAGAACAAAAUAUAACUGCAGUUUGGGUUUUUUUUCAUCAUUCUUGCUGGAAAUGUGAUCGAAAUUGUUAGUGUCAAAGAUUUCUGGGAGAAAUCUCAUUUACAAGACGGCAUAUGUGAUGUUUUUACUUGUCACAAGACAAAAUCAUCUAGACAAUUAUGAAGUUCACUUGCUGUUUAGUAGCUUGUUGGUUAAUGCUGUAUUCCUUUGUUUCUAUAUUAUCUUUAAUUGGACUGGCUGCAAAUGUAGCAGUUCUUCUUUUUUGCCACAAGCCCCCAUUAAAAAAAACAAUUUAAGGCAGUUUAGUACUAAUACAGCCUACAAUGUAAUAGAUAUUUGAUCAUGCUCAUCACGAUCUAAACAUAACAUUUGUAAUAAAAUAUGAUUAUUAGUGCAGACAUUGUCAGAUACUAAAGAAGGAAUUAAUAAGUAACACUUACAAAAUGAAUUUUAAGCUGAUUUCUGUUAUUUUUUAAAAAUUCUCUGUCUGAAAGCCCUUCAUGUAUCCCUAAAGAUGAUGAUAUUAUUUCAGCAAGAUCAUUCAAGAUGUUUGACGAAUUUCACAGAUAAAUCUUUUGUGUGUGUUACUGGGAUGCAGCUCAUUGUGGGUUGAUAUUUAUAGAUGUUGGUAGAAAUAUUUAUCUAGAUGAGUCAGCAAUUUUUGAAGGCUGAAAGUGCAAAUACAUACUAUACUAUUACUUCAAGCCAUAGGUAUCCAUACAUAUACACCUAUUUACCUCAGUAGUGGCGAAAUUUCUCCAGUUUUAUCGCAGAAGGAGACAUAAUGCCAAUAUUUUUUUUUUUUUUUCAUAUGCUUUCAUUUUGUUACUUAAGUUUGGUUCAGAUGUGAUGCAGCAAAUUGGCAGCUGCAAUCAUGAUUUUGGGAAAACUUUGCAUUAUUUUGUGUACUUCAUUAUCAGUGAAUUGCCAUUUGGUCUACACUCACUUUGUCUACUUUCCAUUUGGUCUAAUCCUAGAUGUCUACAACCAGCUUGUUUACUGAACCAUUCUGUCUAAUAGCCAUUUAGCCCAUUUACCAUUUUAUCUUAUUUCCAGUUGGGCUCUACCCAUUUGGUUUAAUAGCCAUUUAGCCCAUUUACCAUUUUAUCUUAUUUUAGUAAGGUUCUACCCAUUUUGUCUAAUAGCCACUUGGUCUAAUGCCACUAAGUCUAUUCAUGAUUAGAAGAAGUCUUUAUGAACCAAUUCUUCAAUAACAUAAACAAAGUGCAAAAUAACGAGUAGAUGGUGUGGAAAUUAGACUACCUAGGCAUUAGACCAAAUGACAGUUAGACUAAGUGGGUAUUAGCCCAAGUGCAGUGUAGACCAAAUGGCAAUGGGACCACAUUGAAAGCAGACCAAAUGGGUUUAGUCCUUGUGGUAUAAGAGGAGUAGACCAACUGCUCGCACACCAAGUGAGUAUAAACCUCAUUCCUACUUGGAAGUGACACGUAAGUGCCGCCCAGAAACAUUAAACGUUGGAGUUAUUCCUUUUAUGCUCAAUUAAAAUGCACGUUUUUCCUUUUUUGUUUUUUAUGGGUAUCAGUCAUAGCAAACAUCAAGGAAAAUGUAUCAAAUUCAUAAUCACGGAGAUUGGCCUAUAGAGAAAGUACACCCUAUAAAAAGUCUUAUGAGCCACACCAGUCCACUGGUGUCAAUCCGUGAUGUCAUACUAUUCAAGUGGGGGGGGGGGGGGUGUGAAACAAUAGAUCAUCCCCCCUUGAACAAUAGAUUCACAACACAAAUCGACACCCAUGCACCAGUCGGUGUUCUGAGGGGACCACACCCCCUUGGGUGUUGAAAAUAUCAAAUGGAGUUUGAACAUAACACUGAAGGUGUUACAAUAACACACAGAAUGGAUCACGUCAAUGCCAGCGGGUAACACCAAGAAUUUAACACUGGUGUAUAAUGCUCGGUGUAGACCUCUGUAUACACUGGUGGGUUUAUUUAUAACACCAAUGUUUGUUGCAGGCAUAGGAAUGAUGUUAUAUGGAUUGCAAUCAGGGAUGGAUCAGGAUUUCCCAAUUCAGGGGGCUCGGAAAGUGAACAAAUAUUUUGUAAAUUUUCUGAAGGGCUAAAAGAAAAAGGAGGAUAUCAAUACCC